AGCUACCUGUUAGUGUAGAUGAGGGACAAGUUCAUUAUCUUUUUGAACUUUCAUGUUUAGCGGUCAAGCCCGGCUUUACUUUUAUACAGCAACACGUUGUCAAGUGGUGGACAGACAGCGCUAACGUAAUAUAUAUAUGAGAGAGAGAGAAAAAGUAGUUUUUGUAACCGUGCAUUGGACUUGGAGUCUCGAUUUUGGAGUUAAAUUCGUAACAAACAGGCAGGCAGUCAUUCUCAGUAAAACAUUUGUAAUGGUUGACAGGUGGCAAGAAAGACUCAUCAUUUGCUUUAACACCAAUAUGAUUUCAGUGAUUGGCCUUUUCUGACACCGUCUUGCCACUGUUGGUGUGAAGUAUAAGAAACUAUAUUUGAUUUUGUAAUUUCAGCUCUCCUUACAUGUCCAGUUAACUUUGAGGCCAGCCAUUUCAUUGGGUACGUGCGUAGAUGAAGGUGGUUUGUUGGGAUUUAGCUAAAUUAGGUUUUAAGGCCGCGCGCUGAUGCAGGCUAUUUCCAAAUGUCACGUUGCAUUUGUGCUGUUAACUUUGGGUAUAUCUACAGAUUUAAGCAAUGACCCUUUACUCAUGUUACCUGUAUUUGAUGGAGAGUUGUGUUAGUCUUGUCAAUGUUAAGUCAACCAUUCACUGGUGUUGUAACUAGCUAGCAAGCGUUAACGUUACGCCGCUAGCUAGCGUUAGCUACCAUCAGCUGACAGGUCACCGGCAAAAACCUGCUUUGGCGCUGGCAAACUCAGUAGCUAACGAGCUAGUCGGGUAUCUAAAAUAGGUACACAACUACGUAUUCUCAUGCAGGCCACGCAGAGAUUGCAUCUAGCUAACAACAUUUGAAACCGGUUCAAUUGCCAAGUCUUGAAUUAGCUGUUGCUAAUAGCUAAAUUGGCUAGCUUGACAAAUCGCUCUCGUAUUUGGCUUCAUCAAUUUGCUACGCGUUAGCAACGGGACAAAUGUUAGGCACUCAAUGUAAACCCUUUUGUUGAGAAUUAGCUGGCUGGUCAAAUAAGAAACGACUGUUUACUAAUCUGGAGUCACUGCCCGGUCUGUGCAAUUCUGGUUAACAUUUAAUUGCUAACUUUUUUUUGAUAGAAAUGAGCAAGCCUGUUAGCUGAACGCUGAGUUAGCUAGCUUGCCAUCUUGCGUGUGGCUACUUUAGCCUACGACAUAACAUUUCGCAUUUAUCAGACGACCUUGUUUUACUUUGUUAGUUUAUUUUUGUAUAAGUCUAAAGGGAAAUGGCUGGUAACGCACUCAUUGGGGAUCCAAAUAAAGACACAGAAGAUGCCAGUGAAACUGACCUGGCGAAACAUGAUGAGGAUGACUAUGUGGAAAUCAAAGAACAGAUGUACCAAGACAAGCUGGCAUCAUUGAAAAGGCAGUUGACGCAACUCCAAGAGGGAACACUUCAGGAGUACCAGAAGAGAAUGAAGAAGCUGGACCAACAAUACAAGGAGAGAGUCCGCAAUGCUGAUCUCUUUCUCCAACUUGAGACAGAACAGGUGGAGAGGAACUACAUCAAAGAGAAGAAGGCGGCGGUGAAAGAGUUUGACGAUAAGAAGGUGGAGCUGAAGGAAAACUUAAUUGCUGAGCUAGAGGAGAAGAAGAAGAUGAUAGAGAAUGAGAAAUUAACAAUGGAGCUGACAGGCGAUUCCAUGGAGGUGAAACCCAUCAUGACACGGAAGUUAAGGAGGCGGCCCAACGAUCCAGUCCCCAUUCCAGACAAGCGGAGGAAACCUGCACCUGCUCAGCUUAACUAUUUGCUAACCGAUGACCAGAUCCUGGAAGAUCUGCGAAUACUGAACAAGCAGCUGAAAUCCCCUAAGCGUCCAGUGUCUCCGUCGUCUCCAGACCAAAUGCCCACCAUUCCAAUGGAGGCCCCCUCACAGCGCUAUGAGGCCCGCAUUGAAGAGGGAAAGCUGUACUACGACAAGAGAUGGUAUCAUAAGAGCCAGGCCAUCCACCUGGAGUCCAAGGAGAACACCAAGAUCAGCUGUGUCAUCAGCUCAGUGGGAACAAAUGAGAUCUGGGUGAGGAAGACCAGCGACAGCACCAAGAUGAGGAUCUACCUGGGACAGCUACAAAGAGGAGCGUUUAUCAUCCGACGGCGGUCGGCAGCGUAGAAACAACACCGUGCCCCUUCACACUUUCUCUUCAUCCAUCCAUCCAUCCAUUCCUUCCAUCUUGUACAUGCAGUGUGUUGCUCCCCCCUCCCUCACGUGGCUCUCUCCCUCAUCCCUACUGUGUGCUUGGAGGAAGUCUUCUCCAUAACUUCCUGGUGUUUCAAUCAAUCAGGACCACAGGAGGGGAAGAACGACGCUUUCUGUCAGUCUUUUUAGACAUCACCAAGCACACGUGGAAGCCUUUCUCCUUGCUAGUUUUGGCUCAAAUAGCCCUUUAGGCAGUUGAGUAGACGUGCAAAGACUGGAUAGCCUUGGUAUAUCAAAAGUUGUCAUAGCUACACUACCUUGUCAUAGGCUUAGUGAAAUGAUUUCCAUUUUGCUUACGCCAUCCAAUGCUCUCAGAUCUCCACAAGUGCUUAGGGGCUGACGGUCGGUGUUUUGAUUGGUCUUCCUUUAUAUACCUAACUUGGUUCUGUAACAGUUUCAGUCAGCUGUGCCACUCAGCUUAAAUCGCAUGUCAUCUUUCUUCAUCAUGACAUUGUCUGGUAUUGUUUUUUCUGGUCAAUUAACAUUUUAUCUUUUUUUCAGAAUAUAUUGGAUAGACUUAAGGUUUUAAUUUUGUAUCUGUAUUAUUGACAUUAAAUGAGUUCAGUUAAACCGAAAUGUUGAAUACA